CCGGACUUCUUGCUGCUUCCCUUCUUCCCCUCCGACAGGCUGCUCCCUCCAUUUUUCUCCCAUCAUGGAAUCCCGCGGCUUGACUCUCCGCAGCAAGUCGCGUCGCCCUCGCCCCCAGAUCAGUGCUCCGAAACCCAUCUCCGGUCCGCUGCCGCCUUCCCAUAAACCAGCCGAUCCCGGCCAGCCACCAACGACCGCAAGUUCCUCGCGGUCACGCGAACGGACUCCUCAGAACGAUGCGACCUCUGACCUAGUCAAGCGGCGCUACUCCACCCGUUUCAAUCAAACCCCGGAUUUCGAUGUCAAUGCCCCUCCAGUACCCGGCCUCCCCAAGAUCCCGCCCCAGUUUGGUGGCCUAAGCCCACCCCAGCAGCAGAGUAGAAGACCGUCGGGAGAAUCUUCGGGGCCUCCGCAGGUAGACUUGAAUGCGUUGCGCGAUCCCAGCUUGCCUGUCGAUAGAUGUGAGUUUCUCCUGCCUCAAUUGACCACUUCACCCACGUUCCCGUGUUUCUAACCGACGACCUUGUGUCAUUCUCUAGACGUGGCCAACCUACUCAGCAAUGCCACUGAGGAAGACAUUGAAGAGUACCAGAAGAGUCUCCGGAAGGUGAAAAACAGAACCUCUACCGACCUGCAACAGAAUGUUUAUCAGAACCGUACACAAUUCAUCAAAAUCAGUCAGGAGGCCGACAAGCUCAAAGGGGAGAUGCGCACUCUCCGGACCUUGAUGUCCGAACUCACCACAGCCCUAGGACAGACGUCCAUCGGCAACGCUCCCAACCCAAUGUCGCCGACUGUCGACGAACGCCUACCGAAACGUAACGCAAAUCGAAGCUCCGUCGCUAAUUUGGAGAGCAUGUGGAAUGUACAGCUACAGACCUUGUGGAAGACUGUCGAGGGGUCUCAGAAAUUCCUUCCGGUUGUUCCCGGUCGGCACAUUGUGAUGGAAACGGGGCAUUGGGUCGAGCUGGACUCGGCGACCUGGAAGCCGAGGCGACCCGUUCAUAUUGUGCUUCUCAACGAUCACUUGUUGGUGGCAGCUAAGAAACGGAAACGCGUCGACCAAAGCAACCCGAAUCAUCGCGGGCCGAUCCCGACCAAGCUUGUCGCCGAGGGGUGCUGGCCGCUGCAGGACGUCGACAUGAUCGAUCUGGGCGCCAAUCUUGGGCCUGGAGUAUCGCGCGAAGAGGCCGAAGACCGUGGCAUUACCAACGCCGUCAACGUUCGCGUGGGAUCAAAGCCAUUUACUUAUCGCCAUGACAAGCGGGACAGCUCUGCCAAGAGUGAGCUUCUAGCUACCUUCCGAAAGACCGUGGAGGAUCUACGACGAACCCUUCGGUCGGAAACUGAAGCAGCCAGCAAAUCGAACGAGUCUUACAACUACUUGGGAGCCAGACAGUCGAUCUACGCCGUCAAACCGGACUCACUCGAUACUAUGGACUUCUCGGGCGAUCCGCCAGAGGUACGCAUUGAUGUGGAUGGAAAGCAGCAGAAUUUACGUUGGGUGGAGGGUCAAGUGGACGAGCUCGAUAUCGACAUUGCACUGCAGCGAUUUGACGAAGCUGUCGCUAAUAUCGAGCGACUACGCAAGCUCGCACGAGGUCUCAAGGGAAAUUCGGUCGCGCAGGACGUGAUCAAUGUUAAGGUCGACGAGCGAGCUGCCAAACUGGCCGGGGUCCUGUCUCGAUCUUUGGUCGACACGCAUUCUUUCAUGAAUGCAACCAAGACCAAUGUCGGAUGGUUAACCCGCCUCGGGUUCGAGGACCAAGCGCGGGAAGCCUAUCUUAAGGCUCGAACGGACGUCGUUUCGAAGCGAAUCCGAUCCUGUGUCUUCGAAGGCGACCUCCCCCUCUACAUAUUCCAGAUUUCGUUUGUUUACUUCACUCUGAUCAAGAACACCAUCAGCAUUUACCAACAAUGCUUCCCAUCCGUCAUGACCAGCGCCUGCAUCAAAUGGGCCAAAUUCCACCUGGACGGGUUCAACGCCCUUCUCACUCGCCAACUCAGCAGCGUUCAGCGCGGCACCACCGUCUGGCAGAAAUGCAUCGACAUCGUGCACGACCAGGCCAGUCUUCUUUCCGAGGUUGGCGUGGAUUUCACAGAUCUAGUAGCAAAGGGCCUAGACACGAACGGCGAUGAGACUGAGCGGCCCCAGAUGACGCGCUCGGAGUCGUUAAUUGCUGGUCUGGCCGAGGCCUCCAGGGCUUAGGAUAGGCGCCUAUAUAUACCCAUACUGUAUGAUUACAGUUGCUUUUUGUUGGUUAGGUUUAGAGUUCAUAACACCGCGCUCAUGUAUGCAUCUGGUAGAGCGAUAUCACGUCUUGCAAUUUCCUGGGGCUUUUCAUUAGGACUUAGUUUUAGGUAACCUUGAGUCUUUAUCCGACUCAAUUGAACUGUAUAAUUUACUGGUUACAC